CACCCGGAAGUAGGGCGGUGCUGCUGUUUUGCUGUCGAGUCACCUCUGUUAGGGCAGUACAGGCAGAAAACGAACCGUUAUCAUGCUGGUUAGCCAGAAAUCCCGACGCCCUGUCAUCACUAAGCAAGCUUAUUAGACUGAUUGCACCGUCCCACUCAAACAUUUGUGUUGCUUUUUUGAACGUUUGGCCAAAAUGAUGGAAGAAAUCGACAGGUUCCAAGUGCCUCCCGUCAACGGAGAGACGCAGCCUUUGGACCCAGCGGCGUCCUCCACUUCAGAGGCAGAGACGGACCCUAAAGGGGAGAGCGUGGCCCUGAACUACAAACCCUCACCUCUGCAGGUCCAGAUAGAGAAACAGAGGGAUCUCGCCAGAAAGGCAUCGGUGAAGAAUGGCACCGUUGGUAGUCCUGUCAAUCAGCAACCUAAGAAGAACGCCAGAACAAGGUUGGUAGUGCCAAACAAAGGCUACUCCUCGUUAGACCAGAGCCCAGAUGAGAAGCCCCUGGUUGCUCUGGACACAGACAGUGAUGAUGACUUCGACAUGUCCAGAUACUCUUCGUCAGGAUACUCCUCAGCCGAGGUGAGAUGUCUGAGAGACCAGCAAAUCAACCAGGACCUGAACAUCCAGCUCCUGAAAGAUGGGUACCGCCUGGAUGAGAUUCCAGACGACGAAGACUUGGAUCUGAUUCCCCCGAAAGCAGUCAACCCCACCUGCAUGUGCUGCCAGGCCGCGUCCUCUACAGCCUGCCAGAUUCAGUAGCAUCAACCGUAAAUCUCCUUCCUGUGGCUGUUGACUGCAGCACCCCCCCCACCCCCACCCCCAGAAAAUAGUAAAGAACUACUUCCUUGCAGGGGCAAAAAAACAACAAAGGGAAACGGGAGUGUUUAUGAAUAAGGACCAUUCUGAAUAUGUACAGAGGGUGUGCAUGUUCCUCCUAUGGCAGGAUCUGUGCGCCUUACUUUUGCAAUGUUGGUGCAGCAGGGAUUGGACCGAUGACAGAAAAAUGACCUCGGUGGAAAAGAGGACGCUUCUCUUUUAUUUGGGCCACGAACGUUUGCGGAAGAAGAGACCAAAAACGUCGCCAGAUGGGAGUUUCAUCCAAGCUCUCCUCCCACCGGUGUAGGAACGUUGAUGUAAAUGACGGACAAGUAUGGUGGUGGCCAUCUUUGUUUCCUCUUUAUUUGUUUUAGCCUGUCUGCUUUGUCUUCCCACGUAUGGCUGACUUGUGAGUGGCAGGCCGUGCACAGGAAAACCGGUGAGAAACCAACAAGCUGCUUAAAAAUGCACUCCCUUGGUACUGUAGUGAUCCAAUCUGUCACUCCGAGAGCGUACUGCUAACUCCUGUUUUCCGAGCCGCCUAAAUGAAAAUGAAGUUGAACGAAGCUGCAUGUUGCCUGUUCACACUGUUUCCCGAUGACCAAUGUGCAGAUAUCAUUUCUCCGUCUUUGUCGUCUCACAGCCGUAGGCGGGUGUCACGAGGACACAGUGUGCUUUGUAAAAAUGGAAGUUUACCUUCAAGUAAAAUCAAUCGCUCAAGAAGAAGAAAAACUCAACUACUAGCAGAAAUAAGCUCCUUAACUAGUGUGUAGUUUGUGUGUUUAUUAUCCUCAACAACUGAUGGUUUCAUUUUACUUUGAAUGCACAAGGAAACAAACAGCUGGUGAGAGAAAAGCUACACUAUACAGAUUUUGUUGUCAUAUUCGCUGAUCAAGAAUGUGAGUGGAGUGAUGCCAAACUGCUCCAGUGGGAAUGCUUAUUUUUUAAUUGAUUUCUAGGUGGUAAUUUUUGUUUUCCGGGAUUAGAAUUUUGGGCAUUUUGCUCCUGACCCAUCCUUGUAAUGUUAGGACCAAAAAAAAAACACAAAAAUAUCCCACUUUUAGUGGAAAAUGAGCACUGUCAUUGUUAUCACAGGGGGAGGGUUUACAUGAAAUCCUUCUCAUUGAUCAGAAAGGAUCAAUUAAUGGUGUUUCCCUAAAGACCCACUCUGAUGAAAAUUGUGUUUUUGGUGUUUUUAAUUUGUUCUUGUAGCAUUUAUUUUAUGACGAAGGACACAUUAGCUCAAAAUUUCCUUUCUUAGUAUUUCUUUAUUCAAAUCAAUGUGAAUCAGGAGCUGACAAAAAAAUUCUGGAGGAAAAAAAAGAGCACAUUUGUGACUUAUACACUAACCAGGGCGGGCCACAAGCUCGCUGCUCCACCCUACAUUGGGGAGGGGAAUGGAGGCGGAGUUUCUCUGCACCAACAGUUCCGCCCACAACUCAGAGGACAAUUUCUAAAUGAACUCCUGCCGCUCUGCCGAAACUAUGUCCUAGAAAAUAACACAGGUUUUUUGGUUUAGCCUAAAUCACAAUUAAACGACCACUGGGAACAUUACAAUAAAUCAAAACAUGAUCAGAGUGGGACUUUAACUUGACAUUUUCUGUGGACAAUUUCAUGCACAAAUUAUUUAGAAGUUUCAAAAUAAGAGUCAUUCUAAAACAGAUUAAUUUUAGCUGUCAAAAAUGUGGCUUUCCUUUAAAUAAAUAUAAAAAUCAGCUAAAAAUGAUUUAGAAAAAUAUUCCCUUUGUAUAGUCAAAAUACGUUAGGAUAUGGUCCUGCGUGUGCAGUGUCAAAACAACUAUACAUUUUCAGUUAAGUGUCAAAUAGACAAAGCAUUAUUGCAGCAUUUAGGUUGAGAAAAAAUAGAAUUUUUUCAUUAGAAAUAUGGUGCCAAGAGCAUAAAAUUAGGAUACGUGUUUACGAGUUCCAAAGCUGGUUUGCCAGCUGCAGCUGAAUUUUGGUUCUUUUGCCAAACUUAGGGCUAACUGUAUGAACGACUGUUCCUUCACCUUAUUUUUGUCUUCAUCACUAACCUAUAGGACUUGCACACCAGUCACAACGGGUGUUUGUUUUUUCCAUUUUUUGCUGAGUGCAAUAUUCAGUGGUGUAUGUGAAAGAAAGCAUUGCUUGCCUGUAGCUGUAAGCGUUCAAAGCAUUUUCCUGUAACUGAAGUUCUUUGGAUGCAGUUGUGUGUUUUUUUUUCUAUUUCUUUUCACGUGCAGCAAAUGACUCCGAUACAGAUGGGCGCCUUUGUGUGUCCCAUGCUUGUCAUGACGAUUGUGAACUGGUUCUAUUUAGAUCCUAACGGUGUCACGCUUCUGUGUAUAGUGCAACAUAAUUGAGAAUAAAUAUUGGAAGUGUCAUAUUUGAUAUCACCAAG